AUGGAUCCGCUAAACAUCCGAAAAACUAGUAUUGAACAUUUGGAGUAUAGAUUCGGCUCAUCAAGUUCGAGUCAAACAAGCGGUGAUUUUUGCAGAAUAUGUCACGAGACAGAUGCUAUAAGUCCAUUAUUAACUCCAUGUAUGUGCGCUGGAAGCCUUCGAUAUGUUCAUCAACAAUGUCUCCAGCAAUGGCUUACUGCUAGCGAAAUGAAUUCCUGCGAGCUGUGCAAAUUUCCGUUCAUAAUGCAGUCAAAAAUUAAGCCGUUCAAUGAGUGGCGAAGUUUGGACAUGUCUGGUGUGGAGCGUCGUCGACUUUUUUGUGCUGUACUUUUCCAUUUAGCUGCUGCUUUGUGUGUUAUUUGGAGUUUGUGUGUCUUAAUUGAACGUUCGGCGGAGGAAGUACGAUUGGGAAAGCUAGGAUGGCCUUUUUGGACUAAAUUAGUUGUUGUGACUGUAGGUCUCACCGGAGGAAUUGUCUUCAUGUACAUACAAUGCAAACAGUAUUUAAAUUUAUGCUCAAGAUGGCGUGCCAGAAAUCGAAUAUUAUUAAUUCAAAAUGCUCCCGAGAAGCCCGUUCUACAUCCAUCGCAUUCGCCAGCAACAUUACAAAAUUCUCAUCAAUCCUCUGUUGAGCCAAACGCCUCAUCAAUGCUUCGUCGUAAUAAUAGCUCAAUUAUGGUCAUAACAGCACCAAUAAAUGUAAUUGAAAAUAACGAACAGCAACAUUAUCAGUAUAAUUCAGCUCAUCCCUCACAUCGACAGCAAUCCCAAAUUGUUGCCAAUAUUGAGAAUAAUUCUCUAAGUUAUGAACUCGAUGACGAUAUUAGUUACAGUCAGAUCUCAUUUAAGCACCAUUUACGUCACGAUGAAGGUACAUCGUCUCGUGGAAGUCUACAUAAUGUCUAUGAUAAUACGUCCGUAUCUACAACUAAUACAUCAGCUACAACAAAGAAUUUAACAGGUGAUAAUGAUUCAAAUUUUCAUAGAAUAAUUCCUGGGUUACAAGAAGUAAAGGAACAUGAUGAUGACGAUAGACGAAUGCAAAUUCGAUAUAAUAACAAAAUUGGAACGUCUAUUUUUGUUGAGAAUGAUGAUAUACUUAAUGAUAAGAAUUAUCCAAAAAUAACUCAUCGUCAUUCGACUUUAUUACUACCAACAACAAUUAACUCUGGAGACCAUGAUGAAGACUCAUUUUGUGAUGAGCGACAUCAGAAGAAAAGACGUCGUUAUUCAGACACAAAGCUUUUAAAUAGUUGUGAAUUUGAGAAUGAAUUUUUAAUUGAUAACAAAAAUAAUAAGCAACAUGUAUUUGGAUCUCCAACAGCUACGGCUACAACUAAGACGAAAAGAAUGAAUGAGCCAAAUGAGGCAAACAUGAAUGAUUUGAUAUUCGAGAAAAGUGAUGAUUUUGAUCCUAUGGAAUUAAAUAUACAAAAUAUUUUAGAAAUAGAUUUAAGAUCUAAUAGAAAGGCAUCUGAUGGACAUGCAGCCACAAAUAGCUCUUCUAUAGAUAAUUCACGUUCGCUACCAAAUCUGGAUGGAGUAUAA